AGAUUCUCUGACAUAUUCAAGAGGUCACACAGGGUUCCGGAAUUCUGCUGAUUGGAUAACACAGAUUUCGAUAUAUUAGAGAAACUUCAAUGUAAGAGAACUCACGGUUUCAUGCUUGGUUUGGAAUAGAGAGUGUCAUCAUGAGAAGAUCAACAAGAUCCUCAUCAGGACGACCUAUGAGUCCUGAUGCAGAACAAUUGCAAGAGCAUCAAGAGAAGCACACAAGAUCUAGGAAACCAUCUGGGCAACCAGUCCAUCCAGACAUAGAGCUGUUUCAAGGAUCCGAAGAGAGAGCCACACGAUCAAGGAAACCUUCCGAAGAUCUUGUUGUCCUGGAGCUGCCUCGGAUCACAAGAACCGGAAGGCGCAGUGGAAGUGGAAAGUCCCCAGAUCCCCCCAAAUCAUCUGCAAGGGGUGGAAAAAGUGGUGAAAGUGGACAAAGGCAUGACAAAAGAGGAUUGUCCCCUGCAGAAGAACCUGCGGGAGAAACAUCAACUAAGAGAAGGAGGCGAUCAGGCCGUCUGGCAGAAGGAGAUGGUGAAAAAGACAAACAGGAGGUGCAGGAAAAUGAUGAGGAAGAUGCCAGUGAUAUAAAAGAAAAAGCACCGGAAAAGAAAGGGAAAUCCCCCCGAUUAAAGAAGCAGGAUGUUAACCUUAAAGAGAAAGGUGCUAAGGAUGGAGAUUCAAAGGAGAAAGAGGACAAAGACGUGAAAGCUAAGAAGGAUAAGAAUAAAGACCCCAAGGAGCAAAAGAAUGUUGAAGAUAGCACAGCCUCAUCAAAAGAGCCGAGUGGUACCUCAUCUCGGAGGAGAACCCGCUCUGGACGACAAGGAACUGAUGGAGAUGAAGAAUCUAAUACUCUCUCACUUCCACAAGUUUUGCAGGACUCAAAACCUGAUCAUCCGAAGAAGGCUACUGAAGACAUUCAUACAGAGGAACCAGCAUCAAAACACCAAAAAAGCAAAGACCAUGGUAGAUCUUCAUCCAAGAUUGGACAAGACAAGGAAAAAAGAGACACCUCUAAACUUCGAAGUCCACCAAGAAGUCCAGAGAAAAGCAAGAAAGUUGAGACUGCCAAAGUUGAACUCCCCAAAAUCAGUUUAGAUCUUGGGGAACUUACAGUGAAGACCUCAAGCAAGCCCUCACCUCGGGGUGCUCUUAGUCCGCCUCUCCGAAUGAGUCCCAGAAGGGCUAGACAGCCAAGUGGACAGAAGUCUUGUGAUGAUUCUGAAUCUACAGAGAGUAAAAACACUCAGGACAAAAUCUCUAGUGAAGAAAUUGCACCUUCAACAUCUCCAGGCCACCAAGCACAAGGUCAGCCAGAUGUACCAGAAAAAGAUAAAAUAAAGGAUAAACCAGAUAAGACAAAGAAAUCUGCAUCUGCGUGUAGGGAUAUAUCUAAAGAAUUUGAUGAUUCCAAGGAAAAAACACAUUCGCCAAAGAAAUCUUCCAGAUCUAAGAAAGAAGAAGAUAUUCUUUCCCAAAAAGAGGAAUAUAUGUGCAAUGAUCAAGAAAAGUCCAGCCCAUCCAAAUCACACAAGAAAAGUCGCAAUCAUACAAAAUCUCCAAGAGAAAGCCCUGCAAGCUCUCCUCGGAAAGGACUCCGAUCAGGAAAGGCCCCUGAAGCAGAUGGCACUCUUGAUCCCAAUAUGGCCCAAGAGCUUGACCAGGUGAAUGUUGUUACCAUGGAGAUAAGUUCAGUCCCUCCACCACUGACCACAGAUGCAUGCACAUCCCAGGAGAUCAGAACAGAGAAAGAAAAUGACUCACAAGAAGUGAAUCAUGCACCUAUUGCCAGUCAGUUGCUUGCUACAGAAAAGCAGACCAAGGAGAGCGACAAUGUGAAAGAGAUCUCUGAUGAAGUGGCUGCUAAGAUUAGGGAAUGGAGGGUGCAGGAAGAAGAAAGUGUUGGUUUUCAGGGAGAGGAGUGGUAUGCAGAAGAAGUGGAUGAAGGUGAACCAUUUUACUAUGAAUCUGAUCACAUGGCACUUAAAGGAAACAAAGAUUACAGGAUGCUCCUGCGUACCAUCACUACCCUAGAAGCACAGAGGAAACAGGCUGUCAAGGAUCUAGACAAACUGGUCACAGCUCAGCGAGAAGCACUUCGAAACCCCCUUAAAUUUGUUCACAAAUUGCAGAAAAAGGAUUCUUUGCACUUGCCAUCACCUCAGCGUAUUGUUCUACUCCCAGAGAUCCCAUGGGGGCGCUAUCUAGGUCAUGCGGAUAGUAAGGAGCUCAUUCAAGGGCUGUCACAGACACAAACAAGGGCUAGCUUGAAACAAAAAGAUUCAACAGAGGACUCUGGAGCAGGACCAAGUUCAUCCUCAGGACCAAAAGAAGACCAGACCUUAGAAGAUGAUGAGAAGAUGAAGAGUGUGAUCCGUGGUCGUCUAUGGGAUGAAUCAAAACCAGACACCUUCAAUCGCCUUUGGACAGUCGGAGAACAGAAGCGCUUAGAGGACCUUCUUCUCAAGUACCCAUCUGAGGAAGUUGAAGCAAGGAGAUGGGAGAAGAUUGCAAAGGAUCUUGGCAAUAGGACCCGCCAUCAGGUUGCCAGCAGAGUACAAAAGUAUUUCAUCAAACUUGGGAAAGCAGGGCUGCCUAUUCCAGGUCGAAUGCCCAACAUGGCAACUUACACAAAUAAGAAACCUUCUCAGCGUCGCUUCAUUAACCCUUACAACAGGCUUACAUUGGCGCCCUCGACAUUCCUUCAGUCUCUCCGAGCUCCUGUUCUAAUGAAUGAAGAUGAUGCUUUGGACUAUGAUCUGGACUAUGAUGCUGAUUCCAUAAUGGAAGAGGAUGAUAUCCCUAGUGAGCUGAAAGAUUCAGAAGAGUAUAAAGAGUUAGUAAGACUCAAGAAAUUAAGAAAUGCCACACUCAAACAACAGACGGAUAUGAGCCAUGUUGGCUAUAGCUGUGAUGGCUGUGGUGUUUCACCCAUCGUCGGUGUGAGGUGGCAUUGUGUGAACUGUCCCAUGGACAUAUCCACAGACCUGUGUCAAAACUGUGUGAAUGAUGACUUUCAAUCUGACAUUCAUAGUUCAUCCCAUCGAAUGGAUCCUGUUCAUAUCGGCCAAUCAGGAGGCUUCGUUGAUUCUGACUAUACCAGCUUUACCGGGACAUCGGGUGACUACAACUAUCUGGAUCCAAAUUACAGUCCAGCAGUUCUAUAAUACCAAUGCUUGUAAGGAACCAGAGGACUUAUGGCUUCAGGUCCUCUCUGAGGGACCUGCAAUAUGGAUAAAUUCCUUGCCAAAAAGCACACAGCAACCUGGGUUUUUUCUCCAAAUCUACCGAUCUUCUUGCCAGAGAAUCUCUUUAAAUCUGAACGUUUGUGAACAAAAACAAACCACACGUGCUAAAGGACUCAGAUCAUCAUUAUCAUUUUCUUGAAUAAAACAAGAAUAUCCAAAUAUUGUAUGAAUAGGCUGAUAUGUAUGGUUCUAUACAUGUAUGUUGUACAACAUUUAGGAUUUGGUCUGACAACUGAGAAAACUGUUUUCUGUUGGGUUAUGCUUGCCAUCUCCCAAAGCCAGAUAAUAAUCCAUCUAUAUCACAAUGAAACCAUCGUGUAACAAUGAAAUGAUCAUAGUGAGCGGAUAUUGUUUAUAUGCAAAAAGGGUUGCAUUAUUUGUAAUAUACUUGUAAGAACAGGGUACCGGUAUAAGUUUUCUUAUCGUAAUGUUAAGGUGUCAAAUAUUGCUGAUUUUAUCUUGGGAUUUAUCUACAAAUUAGUUGCAAAAUAGGCAUUAAAAGGGAGGAAAUAAAUGACUGGCUGAUUGAUUCAACUGAAUUCACUUAUCCAUUCAUAUACAUCCAGAGGAUUAGAUCCCAAUUAUAGCUGUAAGAACUUUUUUUGUUUAUUUUUUGCUCAUAACUGUAACAAUUUAUAGGACACACUUUGCUCUUUAUCACGUCUUUUGGUUGUAACAGCUUUAAAAGAGGUGUUAAAUUAUGAACAAGUAUGUUGAUAACUUUACAAGUGUACAAUUUAUUGGGUUGGCAAAGCCAUAGGAUCAUGUAUUAAAUGUUACAUGGACAUCUAAUUUUAUGUAUCGGUAUCUACUUUUAGACAAGUAUACAGUUGAUGAGGCAAGAGUUUAGAUGAAGAAAUUGAGAGAGAGAGAGGGAGAGAUGGAAAGGGAGCAAGAUGGAGGGAGAGAGAGGGAAAGAGAUACAAUUAUUUAAUAGACUUUAAUACAGAGAUUGGAGAGGGAAGCAAAAGAAUAAGAUCAUCAUGGGAGAGGGAGAGAAGAGUUUAGAGACAGAGGAUUCAUAAAGCUGUUCAUAAGUAGGCUGAUCAUGGUGUUUUCAAGUCCUGAAACAUGUGUUUCAUGGGAUACCCCAAAUUUUCCCUGGUAAUUUCUCAGUGGGACUAACUGGCCUACAACUGACAUGAAUGGAAUGUUGAAAGAUAUCAAACGCUACAUAAAAUCUUUAUAAUUCAAAAAUACAAAUUCAUGUUUUAACUUUGGCUGAUGGUAUCUGGUUGAUCGCCCAAAUAGGACGUAUCCAGCCUUUUACAUUGGCUAUACUCACCCCAGUAUAUGAUAGUGAAAUGUCAGAUCCCCAGAAGACAUGGUUAUUCAUGUCUACUUUUUUGCAAUCAAUCAUAGAAAUCAACCUUACAAUUAAUUGUUAAGCUAUGUCUCAAACUCAAGGUUCUAUUGUACAUACAUAACAUGUUACUGCACAUUUUAAUGACAAAGAAAUAUCAGACAGCAUUAGUUUUCUUUGGUCCUUUAUUUCAUUUUCUUUUAAUCACAUUUAAUUAUGCAUUUAGUUACAUACAAAUUUUUUAUCACAAAUAACAAUAUUCAUUCAUGAGAGCAGACAAUAUUGUCACAUUUAAUGUGAUACAUUUAUACCCCCCUUUUAGCCAAACUAUUAAAAGACUAUAUUGAAAACCAAAACAGCUAUGUAUUUUGGAAAGUUGUGAAGAAUCAGAAUAGACCAAUGCAUUCUCACUGCUUACCAGCUGGGUAUUUUGCUCUAUAAAUUUGUGAUUCUCAAUGAUGGGCUUCAUAAUGCAUCUCAAUGACUUGAAUUAUAUGACAUCAUUCCUAUGUGGUCAAAGUUGAGAAUACAUAGGUUUGUAUGUAGAUCAAGACUUUUAUGUCUUUAAACUUUUUUCUCGACCCUGUUUUCCUGCCCAAUCGCAAGAGAUAGAAACUUUAAUUUUAUAUGCAGCAAUGAAAUGAGUUUCUUUAAUUCAUAUUACCAUCAAUUACUAGCUCAUUGACAUAUAAUUUGUUAGAUUUAGCCAAAGCAGUGAUUGCACAUUGCAUGAACGGGUUCAUUUGAAUCCUGGCAGUGAUCUAUUGCUUUUGACCGGCUGUUUGGGAUGUUUUAGGGCUAAGAUGUGUGUGCCUGUUGCACCCAGCUUUCUAGAUUUUUUUUUAUCUAUCCCUUUUCUAGACUUUGGUUGGCAAACAAGUCAUUUGCAGAUUUUAGGUAAAAGAAGAAAUUUGUCAAUUUUAACCAUCAACAUGAAAAUAAAUAUUUACAUUUAUUUUCAUCAAAAGUAUCACUAUUUCCUGAGCAUGGCUAAACUAAAAAGCUUGACAUACAGAGAAAUAUUGUGGAGCACUGUGGCCCAGUGGAUUAGUCUUCGGACUCUGAAACAGAGGGUCGUGGGUUCGAAUCCCAGCCAUGGCAUAAUUUCCUUCAGCAAGAAAUUUAUACACAUUGUGCUGCACUCAACCCAGGUGAGGUAAAUGGGUACCUGGUAGGAAUUUAUUCCUUGAAAUGCCACUGCGCUGUAAAAGGCUGCGGGGCUAAAGCCAGGGUAAUGAUAUCCAACUGAGUGCAUACGGACACAUUUGGCAGUGAUAUGCGCUACACAUCAUGUAUAUACAUGUAAGCAUGUUGGUAUUAUUAUUGUAUGGAGAUUCAUUUGAAUUCAUGUAGUUUAAUUAAAUGAAUAAAAAUUGAAUCUAUCAACAACAUUCAAGAGAAACAUGUAUUAUACAUCCAUAAAUUUGGUAAAAUAAGUAUAAGCUGCAUAUUGAAUGAGGUCA